AAAAAAUCAAUAGAUGAGAAAACGAAAAGCAAGUACUGUUACGAGCAGCUUUUCGAUUUUGAAUCUAAGCUUUUAGGUGAAAGUCAUUGGCGAUGGGGCAAAGAUGAACUAUCAUUUAGAGGUAACCGAAGUACAACGAGUACUACUCACAGUAACAGAUCGAUGAAGUUUUAGUACUGCGACUCAACACUUUUACCGAAAC